ACUUCACUCCCAUCCCUUGAUUUAUGCGAUGGUUCAUGCAGUGUUCAGGUGUGUAGUUCGAAAAUCUACAAAGUACAAGCUUUUUCAUAGCUUUGAAAAGUGAAUUCAUGAAGUACAAUUUUGUUGCAAUGGCCUUGACGACUGCAAGAGAGUUUCUCCGUGUUUCUGGCGAUUGCUGAUGGUAAUACGACAUACAUGCACUGUAUGCACCUAGCUCGGUCGAUACUGCCGUGAUAGGAUUGGUGUGGAUAGCACACAUUCGCGAAUAGCAUCGAGACAGGAGCAAGUCAGCCAUGAGUCUGAGUCUGAAUCCGCUAGCGAACCCGCGCGGUACGAAGCUUCAGUGCGAGAUAUGCCAGAAGUCGGCCUUCUCCCAGUGCACGCACUGCAGAGUGACGUAUUACUGUGGACGUGAUCAUCAAGCUGAGGAUUGGGACGGUAUUCACUCCAAAGUGUGCGCCCUACUGGCUGCAAUUAGAGCACCCAAACCGUUCCUGAACUCUGAGGAGCAGCGCUACCAGUAUGAAAGCAAGAAGGCCAAAAAGCAGAAACAGCUGGUGUCGCUGACCUCCACUGAGGCGCAGCGCUUGCUCUAUGAUGGCCAGUACAAGCGGGCAUUGCCGGCAGCACAGCUGUCAUUACGCAGCUCAACGGAAAUGUACGGUAGUGGCCGCAUGGAGCUCAUUCCUGCACUGGUCGUGCUGGCUGAGGCAUGCAUAGGUGCAUUCCAGCUGGACAAGGCUGAGCAGUAUUUAUCGCAGGCCAAGUGGAGUGCGCUACAAGCUGGAGAGUCUUGCCCAUCCGGGCUGUUAUCGCAGAUCAACCGUGUUCUAGGUCGCCUGCACAUUGCGCGUGGUAGCCAUGGACAGGCCAUGGCUCACCUAGCGGAAGAUGUAUACCACUCUUCACUUGCACACGGCCCGGAACACGUGAAGACCUCGGGGGGCUAUUUCAACAUGGCUAGGUCGUUCUACGCCAUCAACAACAUGCCAGCUGCCAGGCCUCUCUACACAGAGGUUCUAUCAAUCUGGUAUAAAUUCCUCACGGUGGUAGCUGCAACAGAGGAUUCGGAAGAUGAGGAGGCACCAGUGCUUGAAGCUGGCAGUUCUAUUCUACUCGAAGACAUUGAUAAAGACGUAAAGCAAGUGUCGCCCUUUGCCAAGUUUGAGAAGGAGAUAGAUGAAGCAUCGCGGGCCGAAGCCGUCUUCAUGUUCACGGACAUCAUUCAGACACUGAGCGCAGGACGGAUAGCAUUCAGCAAGGAGCAGGAAUGUCAGUGCCACUGGAUCUUGUCCAUACUCUGCAGCAUUGUCGGCAAAACUGACAGGGUUAAUGAGCACUACGAUGUGGCUUCGUCAUUGUGUGUUGCUGAGGGUGGCAAUGCGGAGCUUCAUGAGAAUGUUGCUAAACUGGGUACGUGGAUCAAGAGCGCGUCCGCACAAGACUCGAGGAGCAGGAAACGAUCUCUGGCUUGACCUCAGCAAGAUCACCACAAUCGUGUGAUGUGCCCGAAGAGAGCCAUGAUACUAGCUAGCUAUGGUAGUAUAGCAAACACUGAGCUGCACAGACCGCGUUACCCGUUGAACUGCUUGCAGAAGCGCCACACCUUAGCAAUCACUUCCUCUGUUUUAACUAGUCCACUACACGUCCUGUACACCACAGGGCAAGUACUACGGUCCACUAUAUCGCUAUUAUGUCCUGUACAUCACAGGGCAUGGCACUGUGUACAACGGUCCACGAUAUGUCCUGUACACCACACCUGGCAAGUAGUAUCCGAGCCGAAGUACUGUCGUCAAUUGUGUGAGCACAGUUCUUCACUUUCCCUUGAACGUUGGUAUCAUGGCAUUACACUAUUGAAACAGCUCGAAUGCUAUGCUGCACAGCACACAUGUGUAGCAUGUCAGGCGAUGAUGUAUCUACACAGUAUAUCUAUCAUGUACAAUGAUCUAAGGAGUAACACCUUCCUUUUUGGUGUUGGAAUCGAGAGACUUGAUAAUUGCUAUAUUAUUAUGUGUAAAAUCUCUUCAACACACUCUUCCCCUAAAAUCUCUUAUAGUUAGUUCUUCUUGUCAGGAUAUAAUCGUUGCAACUCAAUGCUAUCCAUAACA